AUGUAUAGUGAAACGGACAGCGGCUAUGGAUCAUACACGCCGUGCAUCAAGUCUCCAAAUGGGGUCAGGGUCUUUCCUCCGACUUUGGUGCACCGCCACUGUUCCAUAACAUGUCCUCUCUGUCACCGUAGUGUCUCUCUGGAUGAGCGGGGGUUUAGGGGCUUUCCACGUAACCGGCUACUGGAGGCGAUCGUGUCUCGGUAUCAGCAGAGCCACUCUGCCAACGUGAAAUGUCAGCUAUGUGACCGCAACCCUGUCGAUGCCACUGUGAUGUGCGAGCAGUGUGACGUGUUUUACUGCACACCUUGCCAGCAGCGAUGCCACCCUUCCCGUGGACCGCUGGCCAAACAUCGAUUAGUGCCACCGACCCAAUUGCCAGCGGCAGGAGGACAGCAGAUGCCCGCCGCCACCUUACGCAAACAGGGAACAUGUGCAGACCAUGAUACGGAGAACUUUAGCAUGUACUGCGUCAACUGCAAGACUCCAGUGUGCAUGAAGUGUCUGGAGGGUGGCAAGCAUGGGAGUCACGAUGUAAAACCUUUAGCGGCCAUGUGGAAACAGCACAAGGUAAGGAUGGAGGCGGUGGGGAUGCCUUGACCAUCAGCUGCUCUGUGUAGCAUCACAUCACUGAUGUCAUCAGUGCCAUUUAAAUCACACCAACUAGAUACAUUUACUGUAAGGGACAAUUCAUCCGUGGUAGCCUAUAGUAGGCCUAGCCAGGCAACAACAUUAUAGCCUAAUCACAGAUAAAUAAAUAAUCCUGCCUACAGUACAGCUCUGGGUUUGUUAUUUUAAUUUGUGAAAAGGUCACCAGCGCUGUGUAACAUGCCCCAUGGUUUUCUCAGCUCCCACUACAUGGUGAAGAGGAGAAGGAUGCCAUGACUCAGAGCUGGGCACUGCUCCUCCUCCUCCCAGGCAUAGCAUGCCUAUAGGCAGAAUGUGGACUGAGAGACAGAGAGUAGUACCCGAUCUCACACACACAUUACAUUGAGCUAUUACACAGCUAUCACAAAUUAAAUUAAAAGCCUUUAUCACCCACAGAGCAAAUUGGGUCACUAAUCUCACAUUUUGCAUGAUUGGGACAGUAUGCCCCACGACCUUCCUUCCAUCCAUAAUUUAUCAAACAGCAUGCAUCCGUCUUCCCACUCAUCACCACUGAUUAGAAGGGUUGUUCUGAGUUCAGUUCACUUUUAUCACGCUAGCCUACUGUCCCACAAAUGGACCGUGAAAAUCACAUAAGCGUGAAGCAGCAUUUAUAAGUACUGAGCCCUAUAAAUAAAAGAUGCAGAAGCGCUUAGUUCAUAUAUUUCCUGGGGUUGAGUGAGAUCGAUUACACCCCAGCACAUAGUCCAUUUUGUGCUGUAUUUUAUGGCCAAUGUUCUGUAUUGACAAUAAUGGGAUGGUCAAGUGAGCUCUGCUCAGGUUGGAAAUGUGUGUGUGUGUGUGUGUGUGUGAGUGAGAGAUGGAAUGGGAGUAUGUGUUGAUGAAGAGGGGGAGGACAUGAAUGUAUUGGUCUGCUAUUAUGGCAAAUUAUCUCUGUACUCUUGAAGCUACGCUAUCACUCUUCACGUCUCUUCUUGAAUGAGUCCACUGCACCAGACAGCUCCCCAUGUCACUGAACAUUUACAUUUUAGUCAUUUAGCAUAUGCGCUUGUGCAGACCAACAUAGUGUAGUGAGUGCAUACAUUUUCAUACUGGUCCCCCGUGGGAAUUGAACCCACAGCCUUGGCGUUGCAAGCACCAUGCUCUACCAACUGAGCCCAAAUUUAAAUGAGACCAAAUGUAAAUGUAUGAAUGAGUCCACUACACCAGGCAGCUCUUCAUGUCACUGUCACUAGGAUGGGAUUUUGUUGUGACACAGGGGACUAAUUCAAAUCUGUUAAUCACGUUCUCAUCCACAGCUCCAGAUCCACCCUCCGGCUCUGACAUGCUUUAUCAUUUGUCCUCCUCUAGGAGCUGACAGAAAACUCAAUUGAACAGACUCAACAACCAGUCUGUUAGUUAGGGUAGGAAGGCCUGGAGAUUGCAGUGUUGAUAGGAGAGAGAGAGAAAGGCUGCUCCUCCGAGGUUUCUUUUAUGACCACAGAUGGAUUGUGGCUUGUGGCUCAGAGGCAAUUGUCAUCCUCCAUGCUGCAGAGACCCAGAGUGCUGAUAAUGGAGAGGCAUGUGUGUGCUGACCGUCUGUGGAGAACUUAAUCAGCACUGAAAGCCCAACUACACACACAUACACACACACACACACACACACAUACACACCUCCUCUGCCGGACUGCUGCUGUCUCACUCCUCAAAUCUGACCCACAUCCACUGGGAAUGAGAGACAGUGUGUGCGCUUGUGUGUGCGUGUGGUGGGGUGUGUGGGUAUGUCUCUUAUUACAGUGGUUAAGCUGUUGUAUUGCACUUGGCUUGCUAGUGGGAAUAACAAUAAGCCCCCAUUUAGUUUUGGUUGGACCUUCAGUAGUCAGUCUUAUCUUUCUCUAUGGGAAUGCUUUUACAAACAUGAUUUGAAAGUAAUGUAAAGAAGGAUAUUGUUAUGUUUUAUGUUAUUUACAGUAUGUCAAAUGGAACAACGGAACACAAGGGACUGCCUUAGGGUAUCAGUGAUGUUUUUCUCCCCCUUUACAGUGCCACUGUGAGUUAGUGAAAUAAAUGCUUGCUAGGAAUACAUCAUGAAUAUGUAUUUACUAGCGAAUAAACCACAGAUGAGGGAUUGGAGGGGAAGUCAAAGUGGUGUAGUUUCCUGUGGAUGUCCUGUGGGCAGCCAAGCAGAAACACCCAAAGUCAGUGUCUAUUUAAAUUCCACACACACACACUACACACUUCUCCCAAACUCUUUACCUGCAUGCACAAGGCCAGGGCAUUUCUCACCAGGCUCCAGCAGGCAUGCACAAUCGGGCCCUGCCAAGUCCAGAGAAGGGCAGCUCGCCGACCUAAUGAAAAAUGUAAGCCAUCAAAUGGAUUGUUACAACCAACUCAUAUUUUUUUGUUUUGUCCUGAAUUCCCAAAUAUUACACCUUAAAAUGGCCACCAAGACCCUUUUAGGAGAUUAGAGAAACCAUGGUUCCUCUCUGUAGAUACAGAUGGUACUGCAGCUAAAGACAGGUUGCUAUGCUACCUCAGGCAUACAGAGCCCCUCUCCCAGUCCCAGCAAUGGCAUUGGCUCCAGAAUGUAGGUAAUGUAAAGUACAGUAUCUCCCAUCCCAUUGAAUAUGUGUGCUAUGCCAUACUCUACCUGCCUAGUACCUAGUACACUAGACUUGGUUCAUGUUGUGAUGAAUAAACAUUUGGUGAUGGGGGAACCAGGCAAAAGGAUGAGUGCUUAUACUGAUUGUGUGCAACUACUGUAACCAAAGGCAUAGGAGCAGGAUAAUAUUUUUGAGCUAUUUUUAGAGGAGAGAAUGAGUGCUUGGGCAAGACCUUUGUGAAGUGUGUGGACAUGAAAUUGUGGUGCUGUGCGCAAAUACUGCAAGUGUUACCAUGGCUACACGGAGGCAAGUUACCAGAAUGUUGGAAAAAAAUUAUGCCUAAUAGAUUCAUAUAUUCUAACUUUGUAAGUGUAUGUAACAGGUUUUACAAUAUGUGUAAUAUCUCAAAUGGCAGCAAUAAUUUAUGAUCAAUGCUUUUCGAUGUAUCUAGCUGCACAGCUGAAAGCUGAAGAAAUAAUUAAUUAAUCGAAUUUGUACUGGGUUUUAUAUAAUGGAAAUUGUCCAUAUUCUGCAUAUUCAUACAUAUAUUAAUGUAGCAAAUCCUAUCAAUAUUUGAUAUAUUGUUAAGGCACUUCCUUUUAAGUAUAGAACAUAACGUUAUGACUAUAACUACUGUUCACUGAAGGAGGGGAAACGAGGUAAAACAUACUAUGGGGAGUCGCACUCUCGCGACUUCGGUUGAAGGAUCUACAAUCACGCCUGACAAGGCCAAUGAAAUCCGCGCCUCGCUGCAAGCCCCACCUUCCAUAGGUGAUAUGAUAAGCGUGAGGCUCGGAUUCAUUCCUUCAAUGUAAUACCGCUCUUCACCGAGCCCAGGAACAGGCGGUGCGGGGCCAAACAGGUGUUGUACAUCCUUCAGGGAACAGUAGUUAUAGUCAUAACGUUAUGUCCCCUUUCAGUCAGUCAACUUCGGUACAACAGACUAUGGGGAAAUAUAAUCACACCCCAAGCCGACCCCAACAGAUACUAAAUGAAACGGCCCAUGGCAGACCACACAGACCUGACCCUGCCAAAUGCGGCAGGCUGCCUAGUGACUUUCCCCUGUCCCAGCCAUAAGCACACUGUGUGCUAUACUGGGAGCAGUGACAUCCAAGUGAUAAAACCUCACAAAACGGUGUGGUGAUGCCCAACUUCCCGCAGCACAAAUAUCUAUAGUCAAUCCAUAAAACAUCUCCCAAGACACUGCCAGACCCCUGGUGGAGUGGGCGUGUACCCCGCUAGGUAACCCUUGCCCCUUGCUGCUACAGUGGCUUGCGAAAGUAUUCAACCCCCUUGGCAAUUUCCUAUUUUGUUGCCUUACAACCUGGAAUUAAAAUUGAUUUUUGGGGGGGUUUGUAUCAUUUGAUUUACACAACAUGCCUACAACUUUGAAGAUGCAAAAUAUUUUUUCUUGUGAAACAAACAACAAAUAAGACAAAAAAACAGAACUUGAGAGUGCAUAACUAUUCACCCCCCCCCCCAAAGUCAAUACUUUGUAGAGCUACCUUUUGCACCAAUUACAGCUGCAAGUCUCUUUGGGUAUGUCUCUAUAAGGUUGGCACAUCUAGCCACUGGGAUUUUUGCCCAUUCUUCAAGGCAAAACUGCUCCAGCUCCUUCAAGUUGGAUGGGUCCGCUGGUGUACAGCAAUCUUUAAGUCAUACCACAGAUUCUCAAUUGGAUUGAGGUCUGGGCUUUGACUAGGCUAUUACAUUUACAUUUACAUUUACGUAAUUUAGCAGACACUCUUAUCCAGAGCGACUUACAAAUUGGUGCAUUCACCCUAUAGCCAGUUGGAUAACCACUUUACAAUUUUUUUUUUUUGUAGUAUUUAAUUUAAUUUUUCUAUUUGUAUAUAUAUAUAUUUUUAAAUUUUUUAUGUUUUCAUUUUUUUUAUAUAUAUAUAUAUAUAUAUUUUUUUUUUUUUUUUUGGGGGGGGGGGGGGGGGGGGGGUAGAAGGAUUACUUUAUCCUAUCCCAGGUAUUCCUUAAAGAGGUGGGGUUUCAAAUGUCUCCGGAAGGUGGUGAGUGACUCCGCUGUCCUGGCGUCGUGAGGGAGCUUGUUCCACCAUUGGGGUGCCAGAGCAGCGAACAGUUUUGACUGGGCUGAGCGGGAACUAUGCUUCCGCAGAGGAAGGGGAGCCAGCAGGCCAGAGGUGGAUGAACGCAAUGCCCUCGUUUGGGUGUAGGGACUGAUCAGAGCCUGAAGGUACGGAGGUGCCGUUCCCCUCACUGCUCCAUAGGCAAGCACCAUGGUCUUGUAACGGAUGCGAGCUUCAACUGGAAGCCAGUGGAGUGUGCGGAGGAGGGGGGUGACGUGAGAGAACUUGGGAAGGUUGAACACCAGACGGGCUGCGGCAUUCUGGAUGAGUUGUUGGGGUUUAAUGGCACAGGCCCAGCCAACAGCGAGUUGCAGUAAUCCAGACGGGAGAUGACAAGUGCCUGGAUUAGGACCUGUGCCGCUUCCUGUGUAAGGCAGGGUCGUACUCUAUUCCAAGACAUUUAAAUGUUUCCUCUUAAACCACUCGAGUGUUGCUUUAGCAGUAUGCUUAGGGUCAUUGUCCUGCUGGAAGGUGAACCUCCGUCCCAGUCUCAAAUCUCUGGAAGACUGAAACGUGUUUCCCUCAAGAAUUUCCCUGUAUUUAGCGGCAUCCAUCAUUCCUUCAAUUCUGACCAGUUUCCCAGUCCCUGCUGAUGAAAAACAUCCUCACAGCAUGAUGCUGCCACCACCAUGCUUCACUGUGGGGAUGAUCACACCUGUGAUUAGGGCAGAAGGAGAGGAAAAACACAAAAAGACACAGGAUACCUGUAUCCGUAACAGUGUGCUCGGGGUGAUGAGAGGUGUUGGGACAUAGCGUUUUCCUUGAUGGCCAAAAAGCUCAAUUUCAUAUGACCAGAGUACCUUCUUCCAUAUGUUUGGGGAGUCUCCCACAUGCCUUUUGGCGAACACCAAAAGUGUUUGUUUAUUUUUUUCUUUAAGCAAUGGCUUUUUUCUGGCCACUCUUCCUUAAAGCCCAGUUCUGUGGAGUGUACGGCUUAAAGUGGUCCUAUGGACAGAUACUCCAAUCUCCGCUGUGGAGCUUUGCAGCUCCUUCAGGGUUAUCUUUGGUCAAUUUGUUGCCUCUGAUUAAUGCCCUCCUUGCCUGGUCCGUGAGUUUUGGUGGGCGGCCCUCUCUUGGCAGGUUUGUUGUGGUGCCAUUAUUCUUUAAAUUUUUUAAAUAAUGGAUUUAAUGGUGCUCCGUGGGAUGUUCAAAGGUUUGGAUAUUUUUUAUAACCCAACCCUGACCUGUAAUUCUCCACAACUUUGUCCCUGACCUGUUUGGAGAGCUCCUUGGUCUUCAUGGUGUCGUUUGCUUGGUGGUGCCCCUUGCUUAGUGAUGUUGCAGACUCUGGGGCCUUUCAGAACAGGUGUGUAUGUGUGUGUGUGUGUGUGUGUGUGUGUGUGUAUAUAUAUAUAUAUAUAUAUAUAUAUAUAUAUAUAUAUAUAUAUAUAUAUAUAUAUAUAUAUAUAUAUAUAUAUAUAUACUGAGAUCAUGUGACACUUAGAUUGCACACAGGUGGACUUUAUUUAACUAAUUAUGUGACUUCUGAAGGUAAUUGGUUGCACCAGAUCUUAUUAGGGGCUUCAUAGCAAAGGGGGUGAACACAUAUGCACGCACCACUUUUUUGUUGUUGUUGAAACAAGUCUUUUUUUUUAUUUCACUUCACCAAUUUGGACUAUUUUGUGUAUGUCCAUUACAUGAAAUCCAAAUAAAAAAUCCAUUUUAAAUUACAGGUUGUAAUGCAACAAAAUAGGAUAAACGCCAAGGGGGAAUUAAUACUUUUGCAAGGCACUGUAUAUGCCAGGGGGAUCCACAAUCCAGUGACGCUAGAGACACUGCUUAGAGACCGCCCUGCCGCGAGCUGGAUUAGCAAAACAGACAAAAUGUUGGUCACAUAACCAGAUAUCCCGGUUCCGUUCAAUGUACGUGCAUAAAGCUCAUACCAGACACAGGGCAUGCAACCUCUGCUGCUCUUCAGAAGCAAAAGGGGGAGGCAAAAAGGGAAAUAGCUCAAAAUCUAGGGACCUGUAGGACAUAGCCAUGACUUUCAGGGCGAAGGACGCAUUUGGAUGCAACGCCACCUUAGAGUCUGAGUACAGGAAGGGUGUGCUGAUAACGCGUGGAGGUCCCCAACACGUUUAGCCAAAGCCAUGAGCAGGGAGGUUUUGUAGGAGAAGAUCUUCAGAUCCACCAACUCCAGAGGCUCAAAGGGGGACACACACAGUGCCUCCAAAACCAGCGCCAAGUCCCAUGUGGGCGCAAUCGGUUUAGAGACCGGUCUUUAGAGACCGGUUCUCUCUUUCAGGAACUGCACCACCAGGGGGUGAGCCCCCGGUGAGGUUCCGUCAAUUCCCACAUGACACGCUGAGACAGCGGCCAUGUACACUUUUAAAGUGGAGAAUGCUUGAAAAGCUCCUGUAGGAACAUAAGGAUGUUCUUCAAAGAGCACUGAAAAGGAACAAGUCCUUUAUCUUGGUACCAGAGCUCAAACGCUUGCCACUUAUACGCAUACAUCCCUCUCGUGAAGGGCGCCCUUGCAGACUGAAUGGUAGCAAUAACAUUCUGAGGUAAUUCUCUAGCCAUCAAAUUGGCCGUCUUAGUGGCCAGGCCCAUAGGAACCAAAUCUCUGACCUCGCUUGCCAAACCUGCCCGUGUGCCUUGGACAACAGGUCCCUGUACAACGGGAGUUUCCACGGGUUCCCGCCUAAAGGUGAAUGUCUCCGCGAACCAAGGCUGCAUGGGCCACCUGGGAGCCACAAGAAUCAAUAGAAAGCCCUGCAGGCGCACCCACUCCAACGUGGGGUGAAUCAGAACCACUGGCGGAAACGUGUAAAGGCGGCUCAGAAGCCACUGGUGCGCCAGAGCGUCCAUUCCCAAUGGGGCACUCGGGUCCUUCAUCGAGAAAAAUGCUGAAAAUGUCCCAUACCUGGGAGAGCCUCCACUCCUGAGAGAGAGGGUCCCAUCUGGAUAAAAUAUCUGCACCCGAGUUGAGGCAACUGGGGACAUGCGUCACCCAAUCGAAAGCAUGUGCACACUGCUCCCCAGCAAUAGGGAGCGAGCCAAGGUUAGGAGGGAGAGAGACAGUCUCUUCCCAUCUGUUGAUGCACGCCAUCACUGACAUAGUUCAGUUCUGACCAGCACAAGCCAGCCCGACAAAAACAGGGGGAAGCGCCUGAGCGCCAGAUACUCCAGGUAAUUGACAUGCAGUGCACUCCGCACCAGUGUCCAUACCCCCCGAAUCGAGUUGCCUUCGUACAGCUCACCCCACCCUCUGGGGAAUGCAUCUGUCGUGAUUACCUUUCGGGAUACAACUCAGCCCAUGGGAGCCUCCUGACAAUAGUUGAGGGUCCCACCACUGGGCCAUGGCGAGAUGUGUCCAGGUGAGUGGCUAGCACUCAGUGCUGGAAGGGCCGUAUCAACAAUAGCCCCACAGGAACGACUUCAAUCACAGAAGCCAUCAUCCCCAGUAGGCAUAGGCACUGGCGAAAAUUCACUGUGUGACCCAGCCAAUAUUUGGCUAAGCAGAGUCGAAACCUGGACACCCUCCAUGGGGAUAGAAAAGCGUGAUACGCGAGUGAGUCUCGCUUGAGACCCAGAAAUGGAAUGCGCUUUUUCUGGUUUCUUAUGAAGCCUAGAGACUGAAUACGGGACAGUACCAUGGAUGUGUGUAACACUGCUUGCCCCCUCGACUCCGCCGCCACCAGCCAAUCGCAUUCUGAGUUUGUAGACUCUGAGGUGCUUGCUGAGGGCAAGUAGGUCUAGGACCCACUCGGAUUGCCUACUUCUGGAGAUGGGAGGAUCUUUCCUUCCUCAAAAUGGGCACUGAGGCCUCGGGAACAGUCGACGAGAUGAUGCUGCAGAAGUGUGGGGGACGCACAACAAAUUGUAGCCUGUACCCUGAUAUCACUGUUCGCAUGAUCCAGGGCGACACUGCACAUGCGCGCCAUUGGUCGAAGCAGACAGCAAGACUCCCGUGAUCUGAAGGGGCAGGACUCCACCUUGUAGACUGGGAGAGAUUGGUUCUUCUUCCAUUUACACCACACUUGACAACCGUAUGUCUGAACAUGGAGAAGGAACACGUUUGAUCAAACUCACCUACGGGAGACCACUUUUAACACCCGUGAACACUUUGGAACUCGGUUGAAAAAACGUUGUUUAUGUUUCAAAGUUUGCCUAAAGCCCAGCCCACUCUGGGUACACGGGCUCCGGCGAUCAGUGAUGUGCCCCGAUUGGCCGUGCCACUUGGGGGUACUGUUAUCACAAUGAGCCUCACUCGGUUUAGGCAGUAAGAUGCGUUCCGGUAACCGGCUGGCACCCAGCGCUUGACCGCACGCAUAAAAAAUAGACCCAGGGAGAAAACAUUAUCAUGGAGGUUAGCAAAGUCAUAGGUACUGGCAACAAAGCGCCUUGUAACCUAGCUGGGAAUGGGACAGACUGCUCUGAAAAACGGACCCCUUCUGUUGUAACAGACAGCGGCGAUUCGUAAUUGAAUCUAAUUCCCAGACAGUGUGGUCGUGUCCAACCCUGCUUGUUCCCUUGACUCCGCUACCAACAACUAAUCGCCUAUAGAGACCAUAACCUGUAUCACUAGACACCUCAUAGGGACUAGUGAGCUACAGGCAGGAAUCAGCAAUGAAUCCCAGUAAUGAGCCACCUAUGGGGAGGGGCGCCCCCUUGUGGACAUUGACCCAACUUGUCACUCUCACCCUGGGGAGAUUGAUAUACCCUUUGAACCCUGUGAACACCAUGGAACGCGGGUAACAGAGGUGGCAGCAUUAAAUAUGGACAAGCUUCCAACAUACGUUGUGCUUCCGUGAGACUGUAUAGCCUGCAUGAAGCCCGGCCCCUUUAUGGGCACAGGGGGCUCUGGCAAUGGCAGACGUAGUACCCCGUUUGCCAAACGUGGGGGCUAUGUUGUCACAGUAAUGUUUUUGCGGAGGGGCGCACUGGUCACUCAGACCCGUGCCAAGGCCCCUUGCUCCAGGGGUUACCCCAGCCAAGUGCUCGGGGACUGCUUCUUCAUUUGAGGUGCACGCAAACCUGGUUUCCUUCACUCCCUCCAACUCCAGGAACUGAAAAUAGGAAUGGGGUUGCCAUAACGCCAGGGGAAAGCUAGUAAAUUUCACUCGCCGGAAGUUAAGCAUGCUAGCCGACGUUAGCUAGGUGGCUUUUUAGCAUAAGCUAGGCUAGCUAGCCUCUUUGACCGCAGCACAGUCCGUUUGGAAUAACCAAGCGACUUAACGCCACAUAUACUAAACAAGAGCGCUAACCCAGCAACACCACUGUGGGGAGGCAGGAAUAGCUAGUAAUAGCUAGCUCGCCUCAGCGAGUUAGCCAACCUGGCUAGCACACUAUGCAGUGCUCGUUUUGCUAGCCCGGUCUCGAAAGUCCACGUAGGACCGGAUCACCGAGGUGGGACCGGACUCUUCAUCAAUAAGUCUGGGAAGAGAGGCAAGCGGUGCUUGACCGAGGCAGACACAGGCGGCGGGGGGUACCCACCGAACCUGCCCACCCUCUCUCUUCAAGUAGCCUCCCGUAACUGGCGACAGAGCACACAGGAGCCAAGUUGGGUGCAGGCAGACAAGACAUUUGCUCCCACGACCCAAUCCAUCUCCGCUUCCUGUACUUCGGUCCCAGCCGAGGUACUGGCAUCAAGGAAAGGAAAGUCGCCAUCGGUAAUUCCAAGCUUCCUCAAGAAUGCUACAUGUCUUUCCAGGAAGUUUGUACACAGUACGUGGCAAUGCGCACACAGACUGAUUCGAGCAAGGGCCGCAUUAGCGUGCUCCAUGCCGAAACAAACUACACAUAGAUCGUGAUUAUCUUUCAGAUAAGUGCUGUAACUGCAUGACUGGGGGCAUGAUCUCGACCCCGAACACGGCUUAGCCAUCGUCGUCUUGGCCGUUUUCUUAGCCAUCUUGGCCGUUUUCUUAGCCAUUGCACCAGCAAAUGGAAGAAUAACUAAUUGCUUGUGAUUAGAAAACUUAUGAGAACAAGUACAACCUUCAGCACACAAUAUCCAGGGGGUGAGCAGGCUAUUACACUAUGGGACAGUUUAGUUGGCGCAACGUAAGACAGUCUCGUUUUCCAAUUGUUUGUUUUAUUAGCAUGAAUCGUUCUUGUUUACACUGAGGUGAAGAGCGGAAUAAUUGAAGGAAUGAAUCUGAGGAAGGUGGAGCUUCCAACAAGGCAUGAAUUUCAUUGGACUUGUCAGGCAUGAUUGUAGAUCCUUCAAUCGAAGUCACGAGAGUGCGACUCCCCAUAGUAUGUUGUACCGAAGUUGACUGAAAGGGAACUUUCACUACAUUCUCAAUUUAAUCAUCCAAUGGAGAAUUUUCUAUAAUGGUAAAUAUUGUGUGUUCUCUGAUUUCGUGGUUUCUUUGGGUUGUUCCUAAUUUGCCUGGCAGCGUGUGCAUUCUCUGUGAUGCUGUACUGGGCUGGCUGUGCUGUGCAGCACUGUGCAGCACUGUGCUGUGCUGGCUGUCGUGGACAUGCUGUUGAACAUUAGUCGGUCGUGGAGCAGCAGUGUGAGGCUGAAACGGGGAGGGAGAUUGGUUCUGCUCUCAACCAGAUGUGGAGCGCUAAUGACACAGCUGCUGAGCGAGGGAGAAAAGGGAGGGGAAAGGGAGAAGCGGGCAUAGGAAUCUAUGCCAUUCCUCCUGGAGUGUCCCUAAAGACCCAUUUGAAGUCAUGGUCAACACUGCAGAUGAGCGCUGCAGCUUCGCAUCGUCUUAGCCAGAUCCCCAAACACUGGGCUGGAAAUGAAUAGCUAUGCUCCUCCACUAUUGAAAGCCUCUGCUCUUGAAUGUCAUGCAUAUUACUUAAGAAUUCUCUCUCUGAUGACAUUACUGGGUCUCUUCAUUGCAUUCAUUGCAUCAGAUAAUAAGAGAGGAAUGAUGCUGCUGACAGGAAAACGGAUGCCUCUCCCCCCUUUUUUUUCUGGAGGAAAUACAUUACGAUUAAGGGUACAUUUCUAAAAUGAUUAAUUGGAUUCCUCUUUGAAGAAUAGAGCCUCACCUUUCAUCUUAUGACCCGUUUUACUCAUUACUUCACAAAAGGUAUUUCCUCCUGCCAUAACUCACCUGUUAUCCUUAGUGACAGUGAAGGGGUUAUUUAGGUUGUCUACCACUGAUGCUGUAAUCCAUCUCUACAAAUGAGAUCGCUGACAGUUCUGAGCCACAUGAGGACAAUAUCCAGAACUUAAUUAUAACAUGAAGUUUAAUAUUAGCUCAUAAAGAAUAAAUAUAUUUGACAAUGGGGAACAUGACAAGACGAUAAAACCUUUAAGAUAUGGCUCCCUUGAUAAUUUCUUCAUGUUGAGCAGUAGCAUCCUUCCUUACCAUAUUGAAUCCAACUCUCCCAUACAACACUGUUAGGAUAAACAAGCACAACCCAGUGAAAGGACAUUAAUUGGUGUUGUGCAGGAGGUUGCCGUGGGACAGGCUCUCUCUCCAUAGGAGGGCCCCCUGGACCCCUCACCCUGACCCCUGGAGGUCACCCUGACACAGUGUCACAGUGUAGAGAGAAAGGGCUUAGCAGACAGACAUUGGCCUGCCAAUGCCCCCUUGUCUUGUCCUGUCUGUCUGUGGCUGGGGCCCUGGUGGAAAGAAACAGCAAAGAGGAGGGGAAUCAUUCAUCCCCUUGUUAGCGGUGCGGACCGACAGCUUGUGCCAGAUGGCACAUUAAUGGACCAUGGAGGGCUGGCUUGAUUUGCGGCCCUCUUGAACCUACGCACAUGGCCCAAAGGCCCAGCCCCAGAGAAGCCCUGACUGAGACUGACAGAGAGGCCAAGAGGAAGAGGAGCAGGUGGGAGGAGCGGGAGGGAGGUGGGAGGUUUGGAUCCUGGCCAGAUUGAUCACAGCAGGGUUGGUUUACACCAUGAUUACCCAUCACUCAUGGGUAAUCAGCCUCAGCACAGAGCAGAUCUGGUGAAAGAUAGAGAAAUAAAUGAUUAUAGGACUACAAGGUGAGGGCUUGACCUCUAAACAUGGCUUUGAGGGCCUCGUUUGAAUCUCCUUGAUUACUAUGACCUCAGAGGUCAUGUGGGUGGGCUUGAGUGAAAUGUUUAUUAGUUGUUUACAUCAUUGCUGGUACUGUACUGUAUAUUUCGUCACUGGUACUGCCCCAGGCUUUAAUCUUAACGUGUUAUUAUUAUUUUAAUUUUUUUAUUUAACCUUUACUUAACUAGGCAAGUCAGUUAAGAACAAAUUCUUAUUUACAAUGACGGUCUACCAAAAGGCAAAGGCCUCCUGCGGGGACGGCGGCGGGGAUUAAAAAUGAAAAUAUAGGACAAAAUACACAUCACGACAAGAGACACCACAACACUACAUAAAGAGAGACCUAAGACAACAACAUAGCAUGGCAGCAACACAUGACAACACAGCAUGGUAGCAACACCACAUGACAACAACAUGGUAACAACACAACAUGGCAGCAGCACAACAUGGUAGCAGCACAAAACAUGGUACAAACAUAAUUGGGCACAGACAACAGCACAAAGGCAAGAAGGUAGAGACAACAAUACAUCACGCGAAGCAGCCACAACUGUCAGUAAGAGUGUCCAUGAUUGAGUCUUUGAAUGAAGAGAUGGAGAUAAAACUGUCCAGUUUUAGUGUUUUUUGCAGCUCGUUCCAGUCGCUAGCUGCAGCGAACUGAAAAGAGGAGCAACCCAGGGAUGUGUGCGCUUUGGGGACCUUUAACAGAAUGUGACUAGCAGAACAGGUGUUGUAUGUGGAGGAUGAGGGCUGCAGUAGGUAUCUCAGAUAGGGGGGAGUGAGGCAUAAGAGGGUUUUAUAAAUAAGCAUCAACCAGUGGGUCUUGCGACAGGUAUACAGAGAUGACCAGUUUACAGAGGAGUAUAGAGUGCAGUGUUAGAGAAGUGACUUGGAGAGUUAUUGCUCUCAGAAAUGGCUGUGUUCUCAAACUCAUUCAAUUGAAAUGUCUGCAUAGAUUGUGUUUUGAUUUAUUUUGGAUGAAUAAUUGUGUGUUUUUGAUUCACAGUGUCAACUGUCCCAAGCUUUGAAUGGUGUGUCGGAUAAAGCCAAGGAUGCCAAGGAAUUUCUGGUGCAGUUGAAGAACAUGCUUCAGCAGAUACAGGUAACAUUCUCUUUUCAAAUACAUGUCUUGCAGAUCCAAUUGAAAUAUCCACAUGUAUUGAAAUAGAAUACAAUUGUUAUUUCUGUCCUAUAUCAAUUUAACCUGUAUUCCCCAUCACCUACUUACCUGUGCCUGUCAGCUUUGUAGAUCAAGGGUAUACAGAUGCUCAACAAAUACUUAAAAGAAAGAAGAAAUAUGCUCCAGAUUCAUACAGUGUCACUUUCUGGAAUAUUUUUAUUAUGUAGGUAACUUGUGGGGAUUCUAAAAGUUUUUUUUCAUUUUUAGACUGGCACUACAUCAUUUAUAAAGCACUUCUUGUCGCCCAGCGGACCCAAAAGUAUAUUUUUGUGACCACGCUCACAGCUGAAGCAGGAGAGGGCUGCUGUGCCACUCUAAUCACCACGGCAACACUGUCCACAGGGACUGCCCCAGACAAUCACAGCUUUUAUACUGCACUGCCAUGUCUUAUCAGUUGCAGCAAUGCUGUGUAUUAAGACUCUAUUUGAGUAAAAUCCCAGCUCUGCUCAUCCUUGAACCGAGUGCAAAGUGUUGCUAGAUUAGAAUUCACUAUCUCAGGCCUCAUCUACACUCACAUAAAUGAUUGAUAUACAGUGUCGAUGAUGGAAGAUUUAACAGGAAUCAGUGUGGUGUCCUUGCCCCCUGUCUCUCUGUGCCUGGCCCUAGCACCCUGUACCUCCCUGUACCUUCCUGUUCUGUCAGUAAGCGAUGUGUUAUGUUGUCCCUGGCAGGAGAACGGGGUGGAGUUCGAGGCCUGCCUGGUGGCUCAGUGUGACGCCCUGAUUGAGGCUCUGACGCGGCAGAAAGCCAAGCUCCUCACCAAGGUUACCAAAGAGAGGGAGUACAAGCUCAAGGUGGGUCAGUGGGUCGGAUCUGAUGGACGCUCCAACAGCUUGAUGGGUGGGAACGUCAUGUUGACUGCAGUCUCACACACCAGACCAAGCUCGGAUUGCACUGUGCACAAUUAGCCUGGGGACAAGGUUCUGUUGACUUUAAUGUACAGAUGGCAUCAUUCAGUUAGGUGGAUGGUUUAUGGUUUGUUGAUAACAAUAAUCACAGUACUCUCUCUGCAUCAAAUAUAUGAUCAAUAGAUCACUGUUAUUCAUAAUACAACUCUGAGUAGUGAUAGACUCUUUUACCUCAGCUGUCAGCUCUCUCUAGACACAAAGGGCAUCCAGGGUUGUGCACUUGUUUUGGCCCAGGUCGAGAUGCAUCUGGACCCAGGUCUCUCUCCUCUCCGCCCCCCUGUCCUCUCCAUCUGAAGCCCCAGCUGAGGGGUAGGCCUGGGCCUACAGGCUGGCUGGCGUUAAGCUCUGUGGGUCACAUGGAUCCAUGCCCAGGCUCAAUGUGCCAGUUGGAGGAUUGGGGCUCCAGAGGACAGCUGUUGUGUUUAGCAGGGCUGGAGCUGAAGAGAAGCUAGGACUGCUGCAACAUCACACAGCAGGGUCUCUUCAUUUCACUCUGAUUAAGGCCAUCACACUGAUGUGCCCUUUUCAGAAGAUUACAAAAUAAGAGUUUUAUGGAGUUUAGUUCACGGCCAUAUGGUAAAGUCAGUGACUGGACCGUAAAGAGCAGUUGUUGGGCUUUUACCGAACUGCUGUGGUGACAUUUGGUAUCCAUUACAUUUGAUCCCCUACAGUGUGGUGGAGAUAGAUGGUUGAUAAUUAGCGGGAAGCUACUUUAUAUCAGCUACAAAACAAUGGUCUCUGUCUGAAAAUAUUUCAGCUAUCACGCAGCUGUUUCUAUCAUCAAAAGCACAAAUAUCUUAUUUUUUAUCUUGUAAUCCCAACAUCAGGGCAUUUGUUUCCCCCUGCUCAAUCGUCUGAAGUGUUGUGUUUGUGUCAGUGUGUGUCGGUGAACGUCAUUUUCUACUCUAAUUCAUUUCUUCCGAGCCAGUAGUCUGUCAGUAGUGUUUUUAUCAGUGGCCUCUUUCGCCACACUACACAUUCCCAGGGAGAGAGUAAUUUCAUGUGAUUCGUGACAGUCUAGUCCAGGCAUAAUCCAUAGACCCCUGGAUUGUUUUUGUCUUAAUGUUGCGUGAUGGGUGGAUUAUACAAUCUGAGUUGUUAUAAUUAUUUACCUUAAUGCCAAUUCAUUAUGAUUGGAUAGAUAUGACAGUUCCUGACUGUCCUCUGGUGUGUUUAUAUUUGUGUGAUAUUUUAUUCAAUCUACCCUUUAGGAAUGCUCAUUUUUUGCUUAUUUUAUUCAAUUAAGAACCAGUUGAAUAAUUUAUGAGCAUUUAAUUAAUGAUGGGCUAAUUGCCUGAAUGUGUCAGUGACUUAAUCAAAUUAUUUAUUGGAUACAUUUGGAAUUCUAAUGCUUAAUUUAAAUAUAGAGUGAUUAACUGCUUUGAAAUGAAUCAAUAUUUUCUGAUAAUAUUUCUGCUGACGCAGCAUAUACUCUUCCUGGGGUCCACGUGUGUGUGUGUGUGUGUGUGUGUGUGUGUGUGUGUGUGUGUGUGUGAAAUGCCUGCCCAGUGUUAAUAUGACAUUAAAGGGUGCCUGUCUGUGUCCUUCUGGCUUCUCAUGUGUUGUGUUCAGGUGGUGCGUGACCAGAUCACUCACUGCACUAUGAAGCUGCGUCAGACUACAGGCAUGAUGGAGUACUGUCUGGAGGUGAUCAAAGAGAACGACCCCAGCGGCUUCCUGCAGGUGCAGUAGUGAUGUAUGGAUGAAUGGGGCUGGAGCUCUGCUAGUAGAAGGCUGUGGAUGAGGCUAUCCUUGCUGCCUGCCUGCCGGUCUGCCUCUCACGCAGAGAAGACUUCCCUCCCAUUCCCCUCAGAUGUCCCUGUCUCCUACUGGGCUCUAAAUGCUAAGACCAAACAGAGGAGACCUUUGAAAGAACCACUUAUAUAUUUGACUAUACUAAUAGAUAUUGAUUCAGAGUGCAUAUGAUAAGCUUGUAGCAAGAUGUCGAUACAUGUUUUUGUUGUUGGAUAAAUGUGGAUGAAGAUAUUGAUACUUAAUAGGUCAUCCCAAACCAUUUCUCGUUGGCUUGCACUAAUAAAGAUUAACCUGAUACUGAACAUUGGUAUGUGACACCCUCAUCAAGUUGAACGGUGUCAUAUUUAGUUCCCCUCACCAUUAGCUGGAAGCCAUUGAUUCUCCUGGUCUUUUGAUAGGAGCGGUCUGAAUGAGAUGAAAUGGAGAGGAAAGACUAUCUUCUGGGAAUCGAUGCUUCCCUCCCCCCUUCAAAUGUAUAUGUAUUGAUUGAACAGUUUCUUAUACCCCUUGGAACAAAUUCUGUGCUCUGUACCAUUUAAAGCUUGUAUAAAUCCUUACAAAAGCUUUGCAGGUAGCAUGAAAGCUGGUAUCCUACAGUAGUGUUUCCAAACCAGGGUUACUAGGACCCCAGGGGGUACUCGGCCCAUCCACAGGGGGUACUCGGCCCAUCCACAGGGGGUACUCGGCCCAUCCACAGGGCGUACUUGAGAAGACUCAUGAGCAUAGGCUUACUGGUAAAAUGCACGAGGGGGUACUCUAGGGGUACUCCGGGCAGAGCAUAAUUCAGUUGGUGGUACAGUAACCGAAAAAGGUUGGGAACCACUGCCCUACAGGGCUAUUCCUAAAUGCAGCACAUUUCCCGCUGGCAUUUUUCCAGAAGCACAAAGCCUCAGAGAAAUCAUAAAAAGCCAAUUAAAACCAUAUUGCACUCUGUAAUAGUAUAUUACACUGUAGCUGAAUGUUUUAGGGGAGUUGUAUCUGCUUUUAUGCUGAUCCCUCCUGCUGUGUGUGUGUCUCUGUGUAGAUUUCCGAUGCGCUGAUCAAACGUGUGACAUCGUCUCAGGACCAGUGGGUCAAAGGGGCUCUGGAGCCCAAGGUGGGCCCUGAGUUUGACCUGACCCUGAACACCGACCCCCUGCUGCAGACCAUAAUACAGCUGGACUUUGUCCAGAGCAAAGGUACCCAAUCUAAAUAUACGCAACACAUUUUCCACCAACAGGUUUCUGUGCCAAUGCACCACACAACCAAUAAACAAAGCAUACUGACUUCAGGCACUUCAAUAUCAUGGUUUGCAUUUUCAACACCUCAAUAAAUAGACUAUGUCAAUCUCGACAAACAGAAAAUACAUCCCUCCCUACCUUGUAGGCUUACCCAGUAUCGAAGGCUUGGCUUGACAAUCUCCGAAUGUCAUUAAACUUUUGGGUGUAUUGUAACAGAUGUCUCUUUCCGCUGCACAGUUUGGAUUGAUUGAUUGAUAGAUUUUGUCAGUAAAAAAAAUACAUAUAUACUGUAGGCAAUUAUUUUUUUAAGUGACCAGGAUUGCACAAUAAAGUCAGGGACUUAUUUCCAUUGUGGUCCCUAUUUUUGUACAUAAAUACUUAUACAAUUACAUAGAUACAGACACAUUACAGAGAUACAGACACAUUACAUAGAUACAGACACUUUAUAGAGAUAGAGGCACAUUACAUAGAUACAGACACAUUACAUAGAUACAGACACAUUACAUAGAUACAGACACUUUAUAGAGAUAGAGACACAUUACAUAGAUACAGACACAUUACAGAGAUACAGACACAUUACAUAGAUACAGACACAUUACAGAGAUACAGACACAUUACAUAGAUACAGACACUUUAUAGAGAUAGAGACACAUUACAUAGAUACAGACACUUUAUAGAGAUAGAGACACAUUACAUAGAUACAGACACAUUACAUAGAUACAGACACUUUAUAGAGAUAGAGGCACAUUACAUAGAUACAGACACAUUACAGAGAUACAGACACAUUACAUAGAUAGAGACACAUUACAUAGAUACAGACACAUUACAGAGAUACAGACACAUUACAGAGAUACAGACACAUUACAGAGAUAGACACAUUACAGAGAUAGAGACACAUUACAGAGAUACAGACACAUUACAGAGAUACAGACACAUUACAGAGAUACAGACACAUUACAGAGAUACAGACACAUUACAGAGAUACAGACACAUUACAUAGAUAGAGAAGAAAAAAUGCUCAGCCUCCAGAUAGGUAUGAAGGAGGAGUUGAAGUACAAUUCUUACAAGCUUGUUUGGCUGGUAGCUUAUUCUUUAGAUGCUUGGGGCUGCUGGUGAUAAUCAAAGUGACACUGGACUAGCGCACUUGCCAGAGACUUUAGGGUGUCUAUAGCUAGGUUUCCAUCCAAUUAGCGACAGAUUUUCAUGUGAAUAUUCUAAAAUCUUAAUAAAAACAAUAUGCCAUUUCAGAGUUUCCUUUAGGAAUAUUUGGCGCCAGACAACAUGACAGGGAAGAUUUUAAUUUACCGGACAUUUGAGAAAUGUAAUGGACAUCCACAUGCAUUCAGAUCCAACCUGGCGCAGCCAGCGCCAUCAAUAAAUUAGGGAUGUUGGCCAAAUGAGUCACAUUUACGUGUCCUUAAAAAUUACAAAAACACUAUUCCUUGUGUUUCGAUGUGUAGCAUAUGCAAAACUUUGUAGCCUAUUUUUUAAGGACCAUGCAACCAAAUAUUAUGCUUGAGUAAACCUUAGGAAGAUUUGUAGUGUAUAUCCCCUGGCAAUGUCCUAGAAUACCAGGAUAUAUUUUUCAUUUAAACAAAUAUGUAUUUCAAUUCGCUUCAACACCUACUGAAGCAAACAAGAUUGUUCCUUACCCAGUUACUAACUCAGUCUGGCCCAAAUAAAACGUAAUUGUAAAAGAAAUGUGAUUCUGAACCCAUGGGGAGUUGAACCAGCAUUCUCUUGAGAAAGCACAGCAGUUGAUCAUUUCCACUAUGUUGCAAAAUAACUCAAGCGUCACACAUGAACCAAUGUCCAAUAUCAUGUUUCAGAUAUUCAGGAGACUCCAUUAUUGAAACAAAUGCAUGCAGGUGGACUGAAAGACACGGAGAGCGCAGGAGGUAUUUCAGAGCUGCUAUAUGAUCAUCCAAAUCCAAGUUUUCCCUUUUUCCUCUGAGACCUGCCAGCCCACACCAGCCCACCACGUUAAGGGGCAUAGUGGUCCCGACAGUGCUCUCCUCCCAUGCAUGUUUUACCACACUCUUCCCUUUUAAUAUUCUCACCUGCCUGACAACAACCACUAUCAACCGCUACCUAUCCAUGCAGAGAUAGAUGUUAACUCCUCUGUGGUGUUCCUGCCAUCCGUUUCUAUUCCAGUGGAGACUGCCACGGUGCCCCCGGCCCCCCUGCUGCAGCUAGAGAAGUGCUGCACCCGCAACAAUAGUGCCACCCUGGCCUGGAGGGUCACUGUGUCCCCUAGCAACCCCAUCGAAGGCUACAUCCUGGAGCUGGACGACGGCAAUGGGGGGCAAUACAGGGUCAGAUAAUCCUUCACUUCAUAUAUUAGAGCCAGUGUGUGUCGUCAUGUCCGACGCUCCAUGUAGUCUGACACUAGCAUGGAGCGCUUCACUCUCUGGUGUUUUAACAGUAGAUUUAGUCAAAGAAUUGAAAAGUUUAAUGUAAGAAAGUUGAUGCUCAUUAUGCAAUGCAAGGAAUCUAUGGGAAAUAUUUUAUUUAGCCAAGCUUAUUUCAAUAUGUGUAAUACAGUUCCACUGUAAUUCUAUGUGGAGUAAAUUUCACCUAUAGAUAACAGUUGUCACCUCUACGGAAUAUUUUAUUAUUCAUAGUGCGUAUGGUGGAGUCAGAGCCGUAACUAACGCCAGAUGGUCCUGUGCUGUACUGUAUGUCUGUGUGUCCCAGGAGGUGUAUGUAGGGAAGGAGACCGUGUGCACCGUGGACGGCCUCCACUUCAACAGUUCCUACAACGCCAGAGUCAAGGCCUACAACUCCACAGGGGUGGGGCCCUAUAGCAAGACUGUGGUGCUGAAGACAUCUGACGGUGGGUGUUCUUUCUGUCUUCGCUCUCUGUUUGGACCUAACUGUAGACCUGAAAGGGAAGAUCCCCCUCUGACUGGGGACGGCAGGCUUAAUUAGUACCCGGGGUACAGAAUGAAACUCUGUAUUCAGCACUGCUGAGCCGAGCUAGUCCUUUGGGACAUCCAGGCCUGCUGUUUGCCGACAGAGCCUCUCCCUUCCAUCAACCAGCAACACUCUUGUUUGUGUCCUUAAUGGCAAUGGCAUCCCGAUCCCACUUUAAUUAAAGGCGACUUGUGCAAUCUGUCACUGUCCUGGCUGGGUGUGGUGGUGCUAGCCGGCUCCAAGAAUCCUCCUGGUUUAUCUGCCCAAAGCAGUAAACACCAGGCAGUGCCAUGCCAAAGCCAGAGCUGAAGGAGCUCCACUAAAGAGGUGUCCAGUCCUGAUAUAGUGCUGGCAGACAGUGGAAGUGGUCUUGCAGUUUAGCAACGCAUGACAGUGAGCACGUGCCAGACUGUGAUACUUUAGCCUGUCAGUUCUGGAGGGAAGACAGUGAGAGGGUGCAGAGGGAGAUAGAAUAGGCUGUCGAUGCCAUUGAUUGAGUGUAAGGCUGGGAUAGGGAGUGGAGGGAUGGAGAGGCUGACAGAGCGGUGACACAGGGAGAGUUUAGACUUAGAGUGCAGGCGGCUCCAGCUACGGAUCUGCCAACUGCUAUAACAAUGGCGGCAGGUAGCUUAGUGGGUAAGAGCGUUGUGCCAGUAACCGAAAGGUCGCUGGUUCUAAUCCCCGAGCCGACUAGGUGAAAAAUCUGUCGAUGUGCCCUUGAGCAAGGCACUUAACCCUAAUUGCUCCUGUAAGUCGCUCUGGAUAAAAGCGUCUGCUAAAUGACUAAAAUGUAAAAUGUAAAAUGUAAAUCUCUGCAUGUGGAGGCCUUAGUGAGUGCCUGUCGUGUGCCAGAUAACUGUUUAUUCCAACAUAGCAGGAAUGGGGCUAAUUAAAACAAUACACUGCAAUGAUUUGAUACAGCAGUGCCUUAUGGGUAAAGUGCUGUUGAAUGAGAAUUAAUCCAGUGCUUGACAUUUAGAUGAGAACAUCAAGUUACAUUUUUAAUUGUGGCACUUUGUGAAUAUUAAUUUAUCAUCUCACGGUAUGCAGCCUGCCAUAGGGUCCUAGCUGAUCGUGCUGUUCUAUAAUAGCAUCAUGUUUCAUUAUUUCCUGCUGCUCCAUCCUCCACUAAGGUUCAUUCAGGCAGCCAUGCUCUCGUUUCUCUCUGACUCAUCCUACUGCUCUACUUUGUCUCUCCUGCAGUGGCUUGGUUCACCUUCGACCCCACCUCAGCUCACAGGGACAUUGUGUUGACCAAUGAGAACCAGACGGUGAGCUGCAACAGCUACGAUGACCGUGUGGUCCUGGGGACUGCCGCCUUCUCCAAGGGGGUACAUUACUGGGAGCUCAUGGUGGAUCGCUAUGACAACCACCCAGACCCGUCAUUCGGGGUGGCGAGGAUCAACACGAUGAAGGACAUGAUGCUGGGGAAGGAUGAUAAGGCCUGGGCCAUGUACGUGGACAACAACCGCAGCUGGUUCAUGCACAACAACUCCCACACCAACAGGUAGGUGGGACAUCUCUCAGGGGUGGAAGGCUGACUCCUGCUCCUCCACAGCUUCCGAAGUUUAUAAAUAAUCAUAAUCCGCAUUGUGUGUCAUACUGUCAGAAAUAACCCACUUACGCACAUACAAUAUUGGCAGGCAGUUACUUGGAAAUGGAAGAGAUAAUUUGCAGGGCAAUGCUCUUAUUCUUUUGAGUAGUAUAGAGUAAUGAAAUCCAUAGAUUCAAAGUCCACAGGCUUAGCAAUCUACCUCCAGGGACAAGAAUACACAAAGCACAAUCCUCCUUCCCCCUUAAUGAACAAUAAUGCAGUAGUAGUUACCAUUUUCAGUAGCUGAUUAAAAGGUUUCCCUGUGAUCAUCUUUGUGUUUGUUGACCCUCAUUAUUUAUCUUCCUGUCAGCUGUCACGUUGGAGCCUAUCACCCAGAAUGACUCACUCAUUUCCCUCAUUAAAGUGCCAGGUAUACAUGUAUGUCAGGUAAUCAUCAAAGGCAGAUUUUUGCCUGCAAUCCUGCUUGUUUGUUUCUUUCGCCUAGUGGUUUUCUCUGGAAACCCUGUAGAGCCCUGUAGCUUUGUGACAUAGCUGUUUGACCAUUUUGUUGCUUGAGCUGUUCAUUCUCAAAAAACCAAAAUCUGCUGGCUUUUUGGGUGAGUUGACUGGUUUGAGUAACUAUUUACAUACAGCCUUGCAUUGCCAAAGUAUUUCAGAUGUUUGGAUACUGAUGCAUUUAUUUUACUUUGCCAAAAGUUUUUCCUUAAUUCCAUUGGAAUGGAGAAAAGCUACACACCCUGAAGGAGAAGCUCGAGGCUGUUUUCAUACAUUUGUUGAACCACAAGUAUUCCGGAUUUACUGUACAUCAAUUCACACACAGCCUACAUACAAAACACACCUUAUUUAGCAAUUAGGUCAAAUCUAAUGUUUUGAAUAGAGGAAACAAUAAACCGCUUAAAGCCAUUCGCUCCAAACUGUGUUUGGAGUCAAUGGCAACCCUCUAUCCCUCUGAGAUCCCAUACCACUCUCAAAGGGCCUGUUUGAUCUGUUGUGUGUGUGUGCGCGUUCUGCAGGGCUGAGGGGGGCAUCAGCAAGGGUGCCACUGUUGGCAUCCUGCUGGACCUGAACAAGCACACUGUAACGUUCUUCAUCAACAAAGAGCAGCAUGGCCCUGUGGCCUUCGAGAACCUGGAUGGAGUCUUCAUGCCUGCUGUCAGCAUCAACAGGAAUGUCCAGGUGAGCACAGACAGUCAGACAGUGUUGCUUAAACAGAGAACUCUGGAGAACAUAGUAUUUUGUGAAAAUUCUGAUCAUUUUGUCUUAAUUUAGAAAUGAAAUGAAUCUCCAGAUUAGGGAUAUGUUAAACUGCAUAGGUUGUGCACAUAUUUUUAUUAAAUUCUUACGUACCAGCAAAUAUACAUUAUGUUGAGUUAGUAAGCUCUGUGGCUCCUGAGAGUCAAAUCCUGGACCUCGAGUCAGCAGCUUAGUCUGUCAUGAUCUCAUUUGGUAAUGUUUGUCCUUCACAGGUUACCCUACUAACAGGAAUGGAGGUGCCAAAGAAUUUUAAGCAGCAGUAGCCUCCUAAGGUGUCAACAUGUAGUCCUCCUGCUCCAUCCCUAUCUCUUCUUGCUAUUACUGUAUAUCUUAUGCUGUUCAAUGCCUAUGAUCAAAUAUCACCCAUUGAGGGAGUCUUAUAUACAAGGGACUUUUGUAUAUAAAAUAUUCUGUUGUUUUUAGAAUUUUCCUAGUCCUAAUUGCAUCUCAAGCCGUACAAUCAUAUUCUGUGUUUACAGUCAAAAUGCCACAGGGUGCUUUAAUGAAGUGCAUCACUGGAACGAAAUCCCAUAUGAGGGUAGAGUCAUGAGAUGCCCUACAGUACAAUUUCUCUACUUCUCUUCUCUCAGGUUCCUUCAUAG